AUGGCGUCUACUACCCAGUCGACACCAAAGGCGAUAGCAGGGUACUACCACACCGUCGACCCUAAUUAUGGAUCCCGGCAAGAAGGUAGCAAUCACGUCUUCAUCCCAUCGCAAUCGACGACCAGGGGCAACAACCAAUUUCCCCUCGAUUUUCUUCCCGGCGGUACUGACGGUGGCUGGGAGAUCGCAGACAGCCGCGGCAGCCACCUACUCCUCUACCGUGGCGUCAAGUUCCCCAACAUCUUCAACGCCAAGGCUGCCGCAAAACCAGGGCUCGUCGUGCGCGAGCCGAUGACACGGCAAUACAUGGAAGUCCCCUGCCGGUCGGAAGACCUGAAAGGCCGCCACAAGUGCCUUGGCUUGUUCCUGCUCGAUGGCGAUAAAACCAGACGGUUUUGCGGCGGCGGCGGCGGCAUUAACUUGUCCAACUUGAAAGUCAUGGGCGCCCUGCUCCGGCCGCACUCCUACAGUUCCGGCCGUGGCGUGCCAGUGGCCUGA